AAGCGUUGCAAAAAGGUUGUUGGAAGAAUCUUGUGGUGAAUUUGAAGCAUAGUGCCUUACAUUUGUAAUUGAGAAACAGUAAAUCGAAAGCUGAGUAAAAAUGGACACACUGUACAUUGGCAACCGAAUAUUUGUAAAUACGGAACACCGUCCGGAUCUGUUUGCCGGCGGAAUCCUGGUGUCGGGAGUUGAUGGAAAAGUGACGCAGAUUUUCGAUACACCCAGCGAUGUGACCUUUUAUUUGCAGUAUAAUGAUGCUGAGGUAUACGAUUUCGGUGAUCUGGUCGUGAUGCCGGGGUUGAUCGAUUCGCAUGUCCACAUCAACGAACCGGGCCGAACGGAAUGGGAGGGGUUUCACACGGCUACGAAGGCUGCCGCUGCCGGAGGGUUUACCACCAUCUGCGAUAUGCCACUGAAUUCCAUUCCACCGACGACGAGCAUGGCCAAUCUGCGAACGAAAAUCAACGCGGCCCGGGGGAAGAUCUUCGUCGAUGUCGCCUUCUGGGGUGGAGUGGUUCCUGGCAAUACCCACGAGUUGCGCGAUAUGAUGCAGGCUGGAGUGGUUGGCUUCAAAUGCUUCCUCUGUCCCAGCGGCGUAGAUGAGUUCCAGUAUGUCGGAGAGGACGACCUGCACCAAGCCCUGCAGAAGAUGGAUGGAGCCGGAUCCGUGCUAGCUUUCCACGCCGAGGUCGAAUGUAAAUCCCACCAAUCCCACUCCCACGAUCAAAAUCCGAAACAAUACGAUACCUUCCUCCAGGCACGUCCAGACCAGAUGGAAGCGGAUGCCAUCAAACUGGUCUCGAAGCUUUCGCAAAAGUACGACGUACACUGCCACAUCGUGCAUCUAUCGGCAGCUCAGGCUCUUCCCUCGAUUCGGGAAGCUCGUUCGAAUGGAGCCCAGCUGACUGUGGAAACGUGCCACCAUUAUCUGUCCAUUGCCGCGGAAGAUAUUCCUGAUGCCCACACGGAGUACAAGUGCUGUCCACCGAUUCGUGGGAAAAGCAAUCAGGAGCUGCUGUGGCAGGCAGUUUGCGACCGGGAGAUCGAUAUGGUCGUGUCAGAUCAUUCGCCCAGCACACCCAGCAUGAAGCUGCUCACGUCCGGCAAGGAUCGUGGGGAUUUCCUCAAAGCGUGGGGAGGUAUCUCGUCGGUUCAGUUUGGAUUGCCCCUGUUUUGGACCAACUGUCAGCGGUAUGGUUUGAAGAUUCCGGAUUUGGUAAGGCUGCUCUGUACGGAACCGGCCAAGAUGUGCGGAAUCGAUCGGGUCAAAGGUCGCCUGGAGGUGGGAUACGACGGGGACAUCUGUGUGUGGGACCCGGAGGAUACCUUCACGGUGACGCACGAUAUUAUCGAGUUCCAGAAUAAGGCGAAUCCCUACAUGGAUAGGAAGCUGCGUGGGGUGGUUCAUGCGAGCUUUAUCCGCGGCUAUCCGGUCUACAGACUGUCGGAGAAGUUUGGACUCCCGCUGGGGAAUAUUCUGAUGAAAAAGGCUAGCAGGAGGGGGUCCAAGGCGAUGAAGUUUGAUUAGGAUAGGCUAGGGGCUAGGUUGUUUUAGUAGUUUAUUUGUUUUGUACAUAGUGUGAUAGGUUUAAAGUGUUUUUAGUAGGUAUGAUGCUCUUCU